AUGAUCCAGAAGCUUAUGGACUUUCUUGAAAAUAACAAGGGUAAAUUACAACAAACAAGAUUAGACGUACACAUAGUACUCCACCAACUCCUCAUUAAUCCAAAAAAACACAUAACAAUUGAAAAUAUAUUUGUCGAUACAGAAACAAACAAAAUCGCUUUCGGCGCUGACAAUUCUCGAGUUUCAAAGCAGGCACAAAAUCUUGCUGAAAUUUUUAAAUUUUUACUUAUGACAGUUCAAGGAGAACUCACAGAGAAUGAUCAAGCAUUUAUUGAGUCAUUCAAGACUAACGAUGAGAAGGAAAUCAAGCAUGCAUUCAGACUUGUAUUAAUGCCUGAAGGUUUCGAAGCGAUCGGUUACGGCGAUCACUCGGUUGUAAUAAAACCACUAGAUAAUGAAAAGUACGUCUUCAAGUACAUGCGAUGUGAUAAUCCUCAAGACAGACUUAUCAAAGAAAGACUCGGAGAAACAAAUUAUUAUCCAAGUAUCCUAACAAUUCCUCAUACAAAAUUUGUUUCAUCCCUUUACUGCCAGAAUGGAACUCUUACAAGCUAUGUUAUCAACCAUCCAAAUCUUACUAACACUCAAUUAAUCGAAAUUUUCAUCAAUACAUGCAACUUGGUCAUGAAAAUCCAUUCUAAAAAGAUUCUUAUUAGAGAUAUCAAGCCAGAUAACAUCUUGAUCGACGAUAAAUUGAUCCCACACAUUUCAGAUUUUGAUGUUGCUUUAAUUGAUCAAAUGGAAUCAACAGAAUAUGUAGGCACAAAGAUGUUCAUGGCACCAGAAGUUAAGAAAAAUAAGGAAGGUACAUGCCUUUAUGGUGUCAAAUCUGAAAUUUAUUCUCUUGGAUGCGUUCUCAGCUGGAUGUUCACACGCCUCUACGCAAACUUUGCUCAUUUCACUCCACUCGUUCCUCCAAGUAUCCAAAAACUCGCUUUGCAGAUGCUUUCGGAAAAACCAGAAGAUAGGCCAACAUUAGAUACAGUUGUCCGUCAAUUAAACAUCGUUAAAAACAUCUGCUAUAAUGAUGAUAAUGAUUUCGGAGUCAUUUCUCCACUUUUUAAUCAUCAGCCAAAGCUCGAAUUUCCUACGAAUAUUCAUAAAGCAGCAAACUCUAGACGUAACUACGGAAAUCGUGCCGGAAACAAGUCUGAUUUCGAAUAUAAAAAAAAAGAUUCUGACGAAUUUCAAGAUUUUCUAAAUUACCCUCCAAAAGAAGAUUACACAAAGAAAUGUAACUUCAGAAAAGAUGAGGAACACAACCUUGAUUCCAAAUGUGAAAAAAAUGAUUCUGAUAAAUUCCAAAAAAUUCAUAAUAUAAUAAGUUACAAAGGAAUAGAUAUAAGAAUGACAUGA